AUGCAUUCAUUUAAAUUAAGUACAUUAUUGUUAUUAUCAUCAUUCCUCACUUUUUCAAAAGCACAAGAUGACACAACUUCAUAUGAAGGUACAACCACCGUUACCACAACUCCAGAAGUAACUCAAACAACAACAGUAGCACAACAAGUUGGUGUAGAAGGUGUUGUAUAUAUUUAUACUGAUGAUUCUGGUCAAUUAACUACAACAACUGUUUUUACAGCUACAUCAACUGAAGAAGUUGCACAACCUGAAGUUACUUCAGCUCCAACAUCUGAAUCCUCAUCAUCAUCACCAUCAUCAGAAGCUGUAUCAUCAGGAGCAGUUUCAUCAUCAGUUGAAUCAACAACAACUACGUUAACAACAUCAAGUGAAGCUCCACCAGCUACUGCAGCACCAGCAGUUUCAAGUUCAUCAUCAGAAGAAGCUUUAAGUAGUGCCGUUGCUGCUGGUGCAGGUUCAAUUACAACUGUAUCAGUAGAUGUUCCACCAGGUGAUUAUUCAACUUCAACUUUAACUACUGAAACUACUUUAGCUGAUGGUUCAACUGCUGUUUUAGAAUUAGUUGUUUUACACACUGCUGUUUGUCCCGCCUAG